AGUAUGGUGAUCUGAGUAUCGGAUCUUUUAGUUGGUAUGCAAGUCAAAGCCACGGAAAGAACUGCAGAAGUCCAUGGGCUGCUAAACCCCUGCCCUCCUUGUCAAAGGCAUACUAUGGGAGAGCAGGGCUCCAGACGAAGAGUAAAAUCACGGGUGAUACCACAGCAAGUCAGUAACGCUAACCCUGCCCCCGGCCAUCGCCGGAGCCGCGCCGCCGCGUCGUCAGAUGCUUCGCCGUACACUUGAACAGCAGGAGUAUCUUGCAAGUUUGCAACUCGGAAGGGCAUGUCCGCGACGCUACAGAGUUCGAGGCCCCGACGCCAGAUGAGGAGCGGAAAAGGAUCUUCCCUCCCGUUCCCCCGUGUAUACCCACCCCGCAGAACGGGCAACCCGACCGGCGUCUGAACUUGCGGAAAGUCCGGAUCGCUUUCUUUUCCAGCGCCGAACGGGAAGAGGAUCCGGAAAACGACGAUGGGAAAUAAGGAGGAUUCUUCGAUUAAUAAACUUUCAAUGCCCUGUGGCGGCGGCGUCCACCGCCCACUACGCUCGUCCAGUUGGUACUUGGUAGCAGGUAGCAGCUCAGCGCAGCCCGCUCGCCGCCUAUAAAUCCCUUCCACCGCCGGAUCCCGUCGGGCUGUCCCGUGCCGCGCUCGCCGGUCAGCGAUCACCGCUGCUCCCCUCUCCUGUCUUCCUCAGGAAUUGUAGCUGAAGGCGUUCAGAAGCUUCGAGUACUACCAACUACCUAGCACUCUCCAUGGCUGAUGCAAAGGAUGAUGGGGUCGUGGCCGAGGCACAGAUCGCACAGCCUCUCGGACGGUGGCCGAUACUGUCCUACGGCGUCGGGCACAUGCUCAACGACAUCACGUCGGCUUGCUGGUUCACGUACCUGCUGCUCUUCUUGCAGCAAAUCGGCCUUGCUCCAAGAGAUGCAGCAAUUGUGAUGCUCUCGGGCCAGGUUGCAGAUGGGCUGAUGACGAUCCUCGCAGGCGAGAUGAUUGACAGAUUUGGCCGCUUCAAGCUGUGGCACAUUGGAGGAUCAGUCUUGGUCGGCGUUUCAUUCUCUUCAGUAUUCGGUGGCUGUCUGCUCUGCACCAUUCUGGGGACAGAUUCAUACCUCGUGAGGACAGUAGGUUACAGCAUUUUUGCUGCGGUGUUCAACAUCGGUUGGGCAGCCACACAAGUUUCCCACAUGUCAAUGGUGAACUGCAUGACACUGAAUCCGACAAGCCGUGUAGCCUUAGCAAGCUGCAGAAAUGCGUCCACUAUGGUGGCAAAUCUUGGUCUGUAUGCGAUUGCGUUAGCUGUCUUUGCUGUCAUAAAGGCGAAGGAAUGCUCAGACAUUGUUCUUCAGUACCGGUGGAUAGCAUACCUGUCCAUUUUCAUCGGAUGCUGCUUCCUGGUGGUCUUUCAUAUUGGGACCAAGGAACCGACCUUGAAGUCUGAAUCUAACUGCAAGAAGAAGGCUCGGAUUUCCUGGGGCUACUGGUUCAGGAAGACAUUGUACUAUCAAGUUGCUCUCCUGUAUAUGCUUGCAAGGCUAAUCACAAACGUCUCUCAGUCUCUCAUCGCUUUCUACGUCACCAGAGACUUGAGAAUGAAUGAAUACUCGAAAGCAAUAAUACCGGCGAUCAUAUUCUGUUGCAGCUUCGUCGUGUCCAUCGUCCUGCAGGAGAUCAAGUGGAACAGCCGCCGCCUCAAGUCCCUCCUCACCGUCGGCGCGACGCUCUGGGUGAUCUCCGGCGUCGCGGUCUUCGUCCUCCCGAGCCAGAUGCACAACCUCAUGUACCCUCUCGCCAUGGUCAUCGGCGCUGCCAACGCGCUCGUCAUGGUUACGACGGUUGGGCUGGAGAGCGCGCUGGUAGGGGAGGACCUGAACGGCUGCGCGUUCGUCUACGGCUCGCUCAGCUUCCUGGACAAGAUCUCCUGCGGAAUCGCCCUGUUCGUUCUCGAAUCAUACGAAGACACAAUGAGCUGCGGCGAGACGAGGGGACUGAACACGGUGAGCAGGUACGGCACGGGCCUGAUCCCCUCCUGCUUCGCCGUCCUCUCCCUGGUGGUCACCUCCACGCUGAGGCUGCAGGACGCCGCUCCGAGAGCCGCUGCACUGGAAGCGCCGUUACUUGUCUGAAGCAAAUGUGUUCCAGAACCGGUGAUCUCCCACACAUGAUGUAUGUAAUUCGGAUUCAAUAAAAAAGGAAAUUUGCGUCCUCCUCAAUUAGGUUUGAAGGGGAACAUAAUGUAUUGUCGCUUUCUUUCAAUUAGAUUUGAAAGGAGGCCACUUUGUAAUAAUACUAAUACUAGUUUUCUGUUGUCGUGUACCAAUACCAUCGCAAUUCCAGUUUUGAA